GAGACGAAGAAGAACGCCGGGAGAGAACGGUCAUUGCCACUACCUCACCUCGAAGAGAGAGCCUAACCAUACGCGCUAGAGUCCCAGUCGUGACGAAAAGCGUCGACCCCGACACGGUCUACCAUCCGCGGCUGUCCCGCAGUUUAGCCUCGCCGUCCGUUUGUAUACCUUCCUACCUACACACCUCACCUACCUAUACCCAUCUAUCUACCUACCGACUCGUGGGGGGCUGUUGUUGGCUCCUCUCUCACGAGGACGCGCGCGCUCGCUCUCGGCCGAUGCGUGUCUCGUCGUGGCCUGCCGAUUCUUCGUGCAGGGGAAGCGAGACCGCGAGCGAGUCCCACCUGGAUCGAGGGAUCGCUUGAUCCAGAAGUCGUGGAAGCGAGCAAACCAGUUCGAUAGGUGCCAGCCGUGGCGAGCAGAUCGGAGGAAGCCGGCGGCCGCUUAGUCGAGAGAGCUUGCACGUUUCUGUCGGCGAAUCCGACUUGUCGCGGGUGGAGGUCGCCGGGUCAUACAGAUGAGACCGGGAGGCGCCGGAGACUCCACCAGUUGACAGGCUUCGACCACGUGGCCGCAUCGGGUGCACGUCAUAUCGCGGAGCGAGAGUGCCCGGACCUGGGUACCAAUAAGUGAACCCGAAAAUCCCGAUUCGGUACCGUCUAAAAGCGACGAUGCACCGUCGCGUGAUCUGAGUGGAUUCCGGAGCAGAGACGCGACAGAAGAAGAAGCAAUAGCAGCUCGGCGGUGUCAGUCAAGAUGUGCGACUGGCGAAAACAGGCCUGGGCCGCCGUUUUCAUCAGCAACGUGUUGAUCCACACGGUUGUUAUCGCCAAUCCGAUCUAUGUUCCUCAAUUUCUACCAGGAAACACGGGCAGAAACAUCAGGCACUUGCCGUGCGUGUCACGCAGGAGCGGCGAGACCGGCGUGUGCAUGUUCGCGUUUACCUGCGCGAAGGCUAAUGGCACGCACCUUGGCACCUGCAUCGACCGCUUCUACUUCGGUAGCUGUUGCAAGAUCGACGACGAGCCGGACAUCUUCCCGCAGGACAACAGCAUCGACGACGGGCCGCCGCCGCCGCCGCCAAGGCCGUUCAUCACCACUCGCAAUCCAAUCCCGAGCAACAGCAUACCGGAGUACUUGGCGAGGCCGAAGCCAACAGAUGAGAGAAAACCGGCGGAGACUCCUCAAACCUCGACGACGACGCCUGUAACAAUCUCGGGCACUUCGGCGAGUUCAUUGAGAGACACUACGAGAUUGUCGACGAGAAAACCCACAAUCACGACGGUCGAAAUGACCACGCAGACCACUCGUCUCACCACGUUCCAAACUGUGCAAAGCGCCGCCGGAUCCAGCACGGAAGCCGUGUUGCUGAAGAGCACCGCGAAUAUCGCGAGCAAACCCACAAGCAUAUCGCCGAACACGACGAGGCAGUCCACCACGAAGCCGCACACUUCGGCCGCCACGGUGCGACCUAGCAGCGAAGAGGUAACGAGGUUGACGACCGUCGCGACAACUUCGAAAGCGACCACGAAGAGACCCGCGACGACGGCGCAGAAACCGACGGUUCAGACCUCCCUGAAGCCUCUCCCGUCGACCACUCGCAGGCCGAUCCUUCAAUCGACCCCGACAAAGAACCUGCUGACGACUACGCAACAAGUGCCACCUUCGACCAGAUUCCCGCCGAGAAACACGACGACGGCCAAACCGUCGACCCAAGCUGUCAAAAAACCCAGCAGCACCCUCAGCAGCACCAAAAGACCUUCAUCCACCGUCGUCGCUACUUUGGUAACGAAACGCCCGGUGACGACCACGAAGAAACCCACGACGCUGACGAAGGUUUCGUCGAGUCCUUCGAAGCCCGUCACAAAUUCCAGUCUUGGUAGCACUCUGUCGGUGACGACCAGCGGUACCAGGCCGCCCUCGACUUCUGGUUCGCUCAGCAGCAUCGGAGUGUCAACUGCGAGUGUCACGGAGAGUACUUUAGCCUCCACUGGAACCAGACCGUCGACUGUCACAUUAACAACGUUGACAACAGCUGCAAGCGGACAAAAUGUUUCCACGACGACGAAGAGUCCGAAUCAGAGUCCAGUGACUGGCGCGAAAACGACGACUCCCAGGACGACGCUGAAGACGACAACGUCGACGAAGACGUCGACGAAGACGUCGACUGUCAGGACGACAACUGUCAAACCGACGACGAUUGCCAAGACGACGACGUCCAGACCGUCGCUGUCAACCACGACGAGAACGAAACCAACUAAGGUCACCAGCACGACGAUCAGGACCACUAGACCCGAGCAAGAAAAUGGUACCGCGACGACUACAGAGAGAACGAGGCCGUCCUCGUCGACGAUCGUCGGGUCGACGGUCAGCGUCACGAGGCCCAAACCAACCACGACGUCGAGGCCGGUGACUAAACCUUUGACGAAAAUUCCCAUAAACACGUCGUCCAGCAUCGCAGAAGUCACCACGAGCAUCUCGAGUUCGAUAUCCACGUUUACCGUUAGGAACGAAAGCACUUCGACCUACGUGCCUCCCACCAAGGGUCAGAAUGUUAAUCAUACCUUGGAGGAGAUCCCGUUGACUACCUACUCCCCGGGCCUGGUGACCUGGAGCUCGAACUCUGAUGAAGCUACCGCGAAGACUCCCGAGACGUCUUCGUCCACGUCGACGCAGGUUACAUCGUCAGAGCAAGCGGAAACCGAUUGGUCCCCGAUAACGACCCCGGACAGCUGGAUAAUGAUUCAAUCGCCUUCCACCGAAAAGUUACCGCAGACUCAGGAGUCGACGACCGAACCGGUUACGGAAUCCACUGUACAGUCUUUGACUUCUGCCAAACCCAUCACGGAGAGCACCGUCAGUCCUGAUAUCUCGACAAAACCGAUCGCGACCACUUUGCCGUCAACGAUCACCGGUGUUACGAUCGACACGGAACUUCCGGUACCAAUGGAGACUCUCAAUAUGUCGGACUACAAACAAGUGUGCGGACGAAGGCUGUUUCCGGAGCCUAGGAUUGUCGGUGGCGAUCGGAGCUCUUUCGGAAAAUGGCCUUGGCAGAUCUCGUUACGUCAAUGGCGAUCGCAGACUUAUCUACACAAAUGCGGCGCAGCGUUGUUGAACGAGAACUGGGCUAUUACCGCGGCGCACUGCGUCGAAAGUGUGCCACCGAGUGAUCUGCUAUUAAGAAUCGGCGAGCACGAUCUGGCAAACGAAGACGAGCCAUACGGAUAUCAAGAAAGAAGGGUGCAGAUCGUAGCGAGUCACCCUCAGUUCGACGCGAGAACCUUCGAGUACGAUCUCGCCCUUCUAAGGUUCUACGAGCCUCUUCUACCCUUCCAGCCGAACGUCUUGCCCAUCUGCUUGCCCGAUGACGAUGAAACUUAUGUCGGUCGUACGGCCUAUGUUACUGGCUGGGGCAGACUUUACGACGAGGGACCACUGCCGUCCGUAUUGCAGCAAGUUUCAGUACCUGUCAUUAAUAACACCGUAUGCGAGGCGAUGUAUAGAAACGCGGGUUACAUCGAGCACAUUCCGCACAUUUUUAUCUGCGCCGGUUGGAGAAACGGUGGAUUUGACUCCUGCGAGGGCGACAGCGGCGGCCCGAUGGUGAUUCAAAGAACGCGAGACAAGCGGUGGAUCCUGGCCGGGAUCAUCAGCUGGGGAAUCGGCUGCGCCGCGCCGAAUCAGCCCGGCGUUUACACGCGCAUCUCGGAAUUCCGCGAGUGGAUCAAUCAGAUUCUGCAGUUCUGAAACCUCGUCGGCGGCGGCGAAAGCUCGAAAUUCGCGCCCUUUCGUGCCGCGCCGACUCCUUCGGACAUUCGAGACGACCGCUGAGCGGACAAACGGCACCAUCUGCCGGAGCUGUGAGCCAAGUGCAAUUUAGUGCGAAAAAAGGGGAAAAAAAGAUAAGAGAUCCAGGGCGGGAAUUCGCGUGUUCCGACCUCGGACGAAGUAUGGCGCCACCGAUUCGAAAGUAAAGUUCUUCGCUCGAAUCUCUCUUCCCUGAUCGAGGCGACCCACCCUUGAAGGGAUGAGAUAAGUGACAAAUGUACACUGAGAAAUCUCUGAUGACUCUGAAGACUCUACUUGAAUCCGAUUUUGAAACGAAUGAUAUGAAAAAUGCGCCGAGCGCAUUUGAAAGAAACACUCGCGGAAAGACGCGAUUUUUUUUUUUUUUUAUUUCUAACACAAAUAUUAUUGACGGGAUUUAAUGUGACGUAACGAUUAUAUAUUAAAUUACUUGUGUCUGAUGCACAAUUAAUUUAAUCGGCGUAUGGAACUAGGAUCGGGAUCGAAUCCGGGACCUGCCGAUUACUAGUCCUCUUACGCAGAGAGCCGACAUGUCAUCCCAUAAGAUUUUAUAUCUUCUUAUCAUCGUAUAUGUCAGAUUUUUCCCGAAUAAAAAUUCGACAAUUCGGUGAAGGAUCAGAAUAAAAUUGUGGUACUUUAUUCAUAUCGAAUUUCGCGGCCUUUGCUGCGAAUGGACAAAGAAUAAAAUUAUAUGUCUCUUAUAGCUCUCUAAAUAUUAUAUAUAAUUUCACAUAUAGAAAAAUUGCAAAAAACAUCUAUGCGGGACAACCUAUACAUAAGGGUGUAUUUUUCAGCUUUUGCCUAUUUAUUUAUAAUUUAUUUUCGGAAUAAACGUGUGAACAGAACACACAAAAAAUCUCUAAAUUAUUAAAUAAAAUACAAGAGAGACUUUACGUUUAUCCGACUAUUUAAAUUUUAAUUUGCUUUAGAACGCUCUCUCGUAAAAAAGUAUUGUUUCGUAAACAAUCUGUAAUCUUGGCUUUUAAUUGUUAUUUUUAAAACUCUACACUGCUAGCGAUGUCAAUCACAUGCAGUUCCUUUUUCUCUCGUGAAUCUUAUUAUAGAUUUCCAUAAUAAUUCUCUGAGCGAAUUCUCCAAUGGGAAUUUCAAUGCGUUCGCGUUGAAGUUCCAUGAAUAUCCAGUUAUCUCGAUUGAUCCUGAGGAGAAUCGUAGAGAAAUGCGAUUUCCUACAAUCUUCUGUAAAUUCUGACUCUCUCUCUCUCUACAAUGAGUAUAUAUAUAUAUAUAUAUAUACUUCACUUUGUAGUUACUUGAGUCUAGUCUCAAGCAGAAACGAACUGACAAAUGCUACGAUAUAAAGGCAAAAAUAUGCUCUUUAAUUUCAAUAGCUCGUAUCAACGAUCGAGCAACUCGUUAUGUACAUUUUGAUUAAAAAAAUAUUCGAUGUUAUUAUAAGUUUGAUUGUAAAUCGAGAAUAGAGAAAAAAAUGUAAGCGCAUCUGUAUCGCGUUAUACAUCGAGAGAUAUUAUUUAAUUUAAUUUAUAAAUAAAAGUAUAGAAAGAAUAGAUUAUAUUAUAUAGGUAUACACUUAACGUAAAUACAGAGGCAACACGAGACAAGAGUACGCAUAAUUAUGUGUAAUUUAUAUAACAUGUGUAAUUUAUUCGCGCAUGUUUCAAGAGGUUCAUAUAGAUAUACUGUGUAGCGUAUAUUUUUAAAUGACAUUUGUCAUAUCUUAAUUAAUUAUUCAAAAACAUCGCCCUCGAUUACGUCAACGCGUUUAACGCGAUCCUAUAUGUUUUUACUGAUUAUAAUUGAAACGUGUAGAAUUACAUAUAUCGCGUUUCCUCGUUAUCGCGAGCGUUAUAUGUUUCUCACUAAUUAAACACCAUCGAUAAACAUUGCAGCGCGACACUGCAAUCGGAAUAACGCGAUUUUGACGCAUUUGUAAAUAUAUAUAUUGUAUUUUGAUUGUGGAUUUUGUGGUGUAAUGUGACGUGGUGCCUGGAAGGAUAUGAUGCGGUAUGACACACCCUGUCUUUCUCUCUCUUUCAUCUACAUACAAGGUGUCCCAAAAUUAAUAGUAAAUGGUAAAUUCGUGGGAUCAUUUGGAAACGAUUUUUUCUCAGCGAACACGUCGAGGGAGACCAUCAUUUUUUGCACGUUCCCAAUUUUCGUCAUCUUCAUCUUCGUAAUUAAGUCUUAAAUUAAAAUUCUAUAUUAAAGUAACCUCCACAUAAAAUUAAUAAAAAAUGUGAUUUUGUUAAUAUUUUAUUUGAAUCGCUUAUAACUAGAAAAUGAUCUCGACAUUUUCGUCUAGGAAAAAUCGUCUCCGCCAGUUUUGAAACACCCUAUACUUUUUAGAGUCUUGGAGUAAAAUAAAAAAAGAUUUACUAGUUCUGGGACACCCUGUAUACCUAUAUGCACUUUUCAUCACUUGUCAUUAUAUCCGUCCCCAUUUUUUUCCUUAAUUGACAAGCGAUCAAAAAGCUAUCGUAUUAAAAGCGCAUCCGUCAAAGGUUCAAACUCGAACUCGAGUAUGGAUCCCGUAUGUCUUUUUGUCUUCCCCUAUCUUUCGUCCCGUAAUGCAUAUUUACGACUCUUCGCGUUUCAUUCUAGCCGACUCACCCCUUUUCUCCUAUCGCCACCGCCCAAUCUCCGCGCGAACAACGGCGUGGGUGUUUGAUAUUUGCGCAGUAAGGGAGUCGAUGAUUUCGAACAUCGCCCACGCGUCGCAAACGCCCACUGCACCCUGGGCUAUAUGCGCCAGCGCAAACGGCUUGGAAUUUUGCGAAAAUUGAGUUCACUUUAAUGAGAUACCCGGGAGCAUUCGAGACCAGAUUGCGAUACGACGCCGUGAGUGUUGCACGAAAACUUUGACAUCAUUAAAAGCAUACAUUACGAAAAUA